CAUGUAUUAAGCAUAGGUUGCCAUUAGCCUGGCGGAAGUCCCAACGUAUUUCGCCCGCCACCCAUUCAGUUGCAUGAAUGCUGUGAGAUUUUUGCCCGAAACAUGGCUGUUAUUAGAUGUGGCCGAAGGCAGUUCGAUUUGAACCUCAUAACAGUUGAACCAGUUUUGUUUCUUUACAUGACCGGAUUAUAUCUCAGAGGCCCAACCUUCCAGGCCUUUGUGUUUGACAAGAUCUGCACUGAUCGCUACAACGAGACUUUCUGUACCAGUCUGCAGAACAAGACGUUCCAGGAGGACCACAAAACAGAAGAGGAUUAUGUCCAGUCUCAAACGUCCUAUUGGAUUUUGAGGAAAAAUGUUGUGGAACUUGUUCCAUCAUGUUUGCUUGUCCUGUUUCUCCUCGGAUCCUUGGGUGACAAAGUGGGUCGAAAACUACCUGUGAUUUUACCCUGUUUGGGAGAAGUGCUGUCUUCCAUUGUCUACUUGAUUCUGUCAAUUUACCCGUCAAGUAAAGUGGAGUACGUCAUGAUUGCUGCUGCAGUAAAUGGCUUGUCCGGGGGUUUCACGUCCCUGCUUAUGUCCGUGUACAGCUACGUGAUGCACAUUGCUGAUCCAGCCAAUAGAACUGUGCGAAUGGGGAUCAUAGAGUCGAUUGUCUUCUUUGCUGGAACAGUUGGGGUCUUCGUAUCGGGAGUCAUGCUGGACAAUACAAGCUUCGUAUUCGUCUUCGCGUUCAUAAGUGGAAGCUCCUUCUUAGGACUGUUAUACGCUCUCCUACGUCUGGAGAACAUCACAGCCAACACGACAAGACCCGAGGGUGAAGGUAUCUGCACGUACUGGUUUCUGUCCUCCAUCAAGGAGUCUGGUCGUUUUCUGAUGAAGAAGAGGCAAAGGAAGAGAAAACUCCAUAUCUUCUUACUUUUCAUCGUCUUAAUCCUCCUUAUGAUCGCAACAGUAGGUGAAGCUGACGUCCUUCUCCUGUACACAAGGCGAGCACCUCUCAGCUGGUCACAGACAACGUUCGGUUACUAUAAGGGUCUGGAGAACUUCACUCGCGGUCUAACCCUGGUCACAGUUAUGCCUCUGUGCAGGAAGAUGAGAGACACCACUUUAGGACUAUGGGGCCUGGCGUCCAAGAUCAUCGGCCUGGUGGUCAUGGGAUUCAGUACACAGACAUGGCUGUUGUUUCUAGUUGUGAUAUUUGCCAUGUUUCAAGGCUUUCCAGCAGCUGUUGCUCGAUCACUUGUGUCCAAUAUGGUCAGCCCCGCUGAACAGGGACGCCUGUUUGGACUGGUUGCUGUCGUGGUGGAUAGCACUGGAAGCUUGUUGUCAUACCUCAUCUUCAAUGAACUUUACCCAGCAACCCUUGCUUUCUUCCCAGGGUUCAGCUUUAUGUUGGCUGCUGGUCUGUGUGUCAUCGCCGCAGCCAUCAUGCUGUGGCUACGUGUGGAACUGAGAGAAAAGGCAUUGGAUGAUACAACAACUGCAAAACCCAGGAGAGGAGACACAGAUAACGUUAGCACAGGGGACGGUAAGGCGGAGACUGUGAUGCCUCACAUGUAAACAAAAUCCUGAUCAUGCCACAAGCAGCUCAAGGGAUGUCAGAUCUUUACCUUAAUAAUUCAAAUAGUUCAAAUUAAGCUACGCACACUGGACACAAUGAUACACAUUGUUUGAGAAAUAGACCAUUGUGAAUCGUAACGUUGUGCUGUUACGUCAAAGUAUUAGGUGACGUCACUGGCCAUCACUGUUGACGUUAUGUUGUCACUGAUGGCCUCCGAGAUGGUUUUCAAAAUUUGAGAGAACAUGCCUUCAUUACAAUUAUUUCGAGAGCGUAGACGGUAAAGAGAUUAUCACAUUAAUGAUUGUCUCCUGUAGACUCACAAGAACCACCUCCGUUUCUGGUCUGGGAUUAUCUCCAGGAAUAGGGUAAAGUUUGGGGUAGGUUCUCAGUGCCAUCACCAGUAUAUACUUGUGGUAAAGUAAUGUAUUCUUACAUAAUUUUGGCAAACGUGUAGUAACAUUUGAGUAAGCAUGUAAAUGAAAACAGACACUUUAAUCAAAUCGGAUAUAAACCUGUAUCAAAAUU